AUGGGGAAGCCUCGCAUGAUCAUCUUGAUCCGCCACGCCCAGUCCGAGGGAAACAAGAACCGCGACAUCCACCAGUUCAUCCCGGACCACCGCGUCAAGCUGACCCAGCAUGGCUGGACGCAGGCAGAGGAGGCCGGACGCCAGUUGCGCUCCCUCCUCAAGCCCGACGACACGCUGCAGUUCUACACGUCGCCCUACCGCCGCACCCGCGAGACCACCGAGGGCAUCCUGCGCACCCUGACCUCGGACGACCCCGCCCCCUCGCCCUUUCCGCGCCACAAAAUCACCGUCUUCGAGGAGCCGCGCCUCCGCGAGCAGGACUUUGGCAACUUCCAGCCAUGCUCCGCCGAGAUGGAGCGCAUGUGGCAGGAGCGCGCAGACUACGGCCACUUCUUCUACCGCAUCCCCGACGGCGAGAGCGCUGCAGACGCCUACGACCGCGUCAGUGGCUUCAACGAGAGUCUGUGGAGACAGUUUGGCGACGACGACUUCCCCAGCGUCUGCGUGCUCGUCACCCACGGCCUGAUGUCGAGAGUCUUCCUCAUGAAGUGGUACCACUGGUCCGUCGAGUACUUUGAGGACCUCCGCAACGUCAACCACUGCGAGUUCAUCGUCAUGAAGCAGAGCGAGACGAACAGAAAAUACAUACUGCAGAACGAGCUGCGCACCUGGUCAGAGCUGAAGCGACGAGCAGCAGCAGCCGCAGCAGCAGGAGGAGGAGGAGGAGGAGGAGGAGGAGGAGGAGGAGGAGGAGGAGGAGGAGGAGGAGCAGGCGGAGGCGGCGGCAGUUCCAGAUCCACAACACCGAGCAGAACGCACUCGCAGUCCGCGCUUACAGCCUCGCCCACCAUACCCAUACGCCGAUGGGGCGGUUGCGUCAACGGCUGCAAUCACGACAAGGCGAACUGGCCAAAGAGGCCGGUGAGGAAGAACACGGUCGAGUACCUCGGACAGCAGGACGCUCCGCCCGCAGCCACAACAGCCAGCCCUCCCAUCGAAGAGCACCAAGACGAACCCGUCGCGCCGCAAGAUGGCAACGCGGAUCCCAUCAUCCAAGAACCCACACCAACAAAGCUAGGGUGGAAGCACAGCACAAAGGUCACACAAGCCACCACCCUGCCGCCCACACCGGCCUCCCCCAACGAUGCCUCAAACGACGCCUCCACAAGCGACGAAGACGACACACGACCGUCGAACCCCUCAGCACCCCGCACAGCCGCCAUCCUGCGCCACCUCCAGCCACCCAAACACACACCUGGUGAGGGCUUCUCAGACGACUCCGACUACUUCCCCGGCAUGCAACACCUCUCCACCUCUACGAUUGGCAAGUCCCGACUUCGCGCCAGCUCCAAGCAGCGCCAGCAGAGCAAGGAGCGCAAGCUGGCCCGCAAGCAGGCAGAGAGUUGGAAGGAGGAAAGCGGAAUGGGAUCUGGGAGAAGGGCAAACACGCUCGGCGAUGGAGACGAGCUUGGCACGAGCGGCAUCGACGAUGCAGAAUCAAAGGGCACAGAAGCACAGAGGGUUGAGGCGGCAGGCCGAGAAGAGCCCAUACUGAGGGAAGCACUCAAGGGGAACAUGACGGUUGAAAAGCACAACGAAGAGGGCCCAACGCAAGGGGACGCUAAGCUUGGAGCAAAGGAGAUUGAGAAGUUGCAGGAGAAGGAGGGCACCGUGCGGGAAGAAGUCUAUUGA